CAUCAUCAACAUUGCAACCAAACAGUAACGUGUCAAAAGCCUUUAUUACCUGAAAAAUUGUAUUUUCUUUUUUUGUUCAUUUACUCCCGGCGAUUCUCUCUCUCUCUCUCUAAAAGAGAAGCUUCAGACAACAGAAGAAGACAACUUUCUUGAACUCACUAGAUCUUAUUCUUUGUUGUUGUUCUCUGUCCGUAAAGUUUUCUACUUUUUUUUUCCCGAUGAGGUGUAAAAGACAUAUAGUUGAUUUCAGUAGCAGUAUCGGCGUCUGCGCUUCUUGUCUCCGUGAACGUCUCUUUUCCCUCGCCGCUUCAACCGCCGCUUCAGAAAGGAUCUCUCCUCCUCCUCGUCCUCUGGUGUUCCCUCGCUCGGUUUCUCCUUACGUCUCCGCUAGAAAAUCCGACGCCGGAAGAGACAACAACAACUCUCUAGCUUCUUCUCAUAACAGAUUCUUCCCAACGCCGCAAGUCACCUCCACCGGCGGCGUCGGAGGAGGAUCAUCGGAAAAAGUCUUCGACUCCGGCAGAUCGUACAAGAAGAAACAGAGCAAACUAUCUCGGUUCUCUAGCUUAUUCAGGUCAAGAUCCGACGAGUUUUACGCGUCAACGUCGUCUUCGUCGCGUUCUUGGCUCUCGAAGGUUCUCUCCGUCCGAUCGAAAAAGCCAUCUCCCAACGACACGUGCUACAUCGAGGAUUUGAUCGCUUCCGAGUCAAGCCAUCGACCGAGACAGAGAUACUGCAGAGGAAUGUCACCGGCGACGGUGGAUUACGAGGAAACUCCCGAGAGAGUGAAAAGAACGCCGGCGGCGGCGAUGAUGGGAACUCCGGGGAGAAGAAAGACGGCGAUGAUCGGUACGGGGAUGGGUUUCUGCUUGAGUCCGUUAGUGAGAGCUAAACCUUCUAACUGGAAAGGGAAACUUCCGCCGGAAUUUGGAUACGCCGCCGGCGAGAUGAAGUCUCCGGCGAGGCCUCACAUUUCGACGGCGGCGUCUUUUUGCGCGAACCGGUCUAAGAAGCUUGUCGAUUUAGGACGGGUUGAUCCACGCCGUUGAUGUGUUUUUUUUGGGUGUUUGGUCGUUAUCAGACCGUUCUAUAUACAUUUUACCUCGGAGAUUAGACGAAAAAAAAUCUAAGUGAUAGAUUUUAGAAGAAGAAGAAUUAACGUAUGACUAGUUCAGGUAUGAAUAAUAGUCAAACAUUACAAUUUUUUCUUUUGAAGUAUUCAAAUCAAGAA